CCGCACGGCGCUGCCCGCCAGCGGGGAGAAGGGAGGUCACUCGCCCGCCCCAACCGGGACCCUUCGCUGCCUUCCUGCUGCUCUGCCGCCGCUCAGCCCGAGAUGUGGCGCGUGCUGGCCAGGCGCGUGCUGGCGUCGCAGGGCGCGGCCCCGCGGGGGGCCCGACUGCCGGGGGCGAGCGCGGAGGGGCCUCCGCGGCCUCGGAGGGGCCGCGCCUGGGGCAGCUGGGCCGCGGCCGCCGCCCCCUCCUCCUGGGGGCCCCGUGGAGGAGGAGGAGGGGGCGCCCCGCUGCUGCGCCCCCGCGCCCGGCCGCCCGCGCCCCCCCGCCGCCACUGGUGCAGCCACCCGCCCCACGAGAAGGUGCCUUUGCCUGCCCUCUCCCCUACAAUGCAGAUGGGGACAAUUGCUCGCUGGGAGAAGAAAGAAGGGGACAAGAUCAGCGAGGGAGACCUGAUUGCGGAGGUGGAGACCGACAAAGCAACGGUGGGGUUCGAGAGCCUGGAAGAAUGCUACCUGGCCAAGAUCCUGGUGCCUGAAGGAACACGUGAUGUUCCAGUAGGAUCCAUAAUCUGCAUCACUGUGGACAAGCCUGAACUUAUCGAUGCCUUUAAGGAUUAUACUUUGGAUUCGGCAGCCGCUGCCCCGUCACCCUCAGCACCGCCCCCGCCUCCUCCGGCCACUCCCCCAGCACCAGCGACUCAGCCAUCCGCACAAGCUCCAGGCAGCUCCUAUCCUCCCCAUAUGCAGAUCCUUCUUCCUGCCCUCUCUCCUACGAUGACAAUGGGCACCGUUCAGAGGUGGGAAAAGAAGGUUGGCGAAAAACUGAGCGAAGGGGAUUUGUUGGCAGAAAUUGAGACGGACAAAGCGACAAUAGGCUUUGAAGUGCAAGAAGAAGGUUACUUAGCGAAGAUCUUGAUACCAGAAGGCACCAGAGAUGUCCCCUUGGGAACUGCACUCUGCAUCAUUGUAGAGAAGGAGUCUGACAUUCCUGCUUUCGCGGACUAUAGAGAUGCUGGGAUGGCUGAUAUCAAGCCUCCAGUGUCGCCACUGCCGCUGCCACCAAGCCCUACGGCUGUGCCAUCUGCCUCAUCCCAGGCUGUGGUCCCUCCAGUCAAGACUCCUGCGCAUAAAGGGAGAAUCUUCGUGAGCCCUCUAGCAAAGAAAUUAGCAGCAGAGAAAGGAAUCGAUCUGUCGCAGGUGAAAGGUACGGGACCAGACGGACGGAUCACGAAGAAGGACAUUGACUCAUUUGUGCCAUCUAAAGUUGCCCCAGCCCGGGCAGCAGAUGCAGUUCCUCUGGCUGCACCCGCUCCUCCAGCUGCACGAGCAGUGGCUGCGUCUGUCCCCAUAGGUGUCUUUACUGAUAUUCCCAUUAGCAAUAUUCGCAAGGUGAUUGCCCAGCGUUUGAUGCAGUCUAAGCAGACGAUACCUCACUAUUACCUCUCUAUUGAUAUAGACAUGGGAGAAAUAGUGGCACUGAGAAAGCAACUCAACCAGGAGAUGCCACAGAAUACCAAGCUUUCUGUCAAUGACUUCAUUAUUAAAGCUUCAGCUCUGGCUUGUUUAAAGGUGCCUGAAGCAAAUUCUUCGUGGUUGGACACCGUCAUUAGGCAAAAUCACGUAGUUGAUGUAAGUGUUGCGGUCAGUACUCCGGCAGGUCUUAUAACACCGAUCGUGUUUAAUGCGCACACAAAGGGGUUGGCUUCCAUUAAUCAAGACAUUGUAACAUUAGCGAGCAAAGCGCGGGAAGGCAAGCUUCAGCCCCGCGAGUUCCAGGGAGGAACCUUUACAGUCUCAAAUUUAGGAAUGUAUGGCAUUAAGAAUUUUUCAGCCAUAAUCAACCCACCGCAGGCUUGUAUUUUGGCAGUUGGUGCAUCUGAGAAAAGGCUGGUCCCAGCAGAUAAUGAAAAAGGGUUUGAUGUGGCCAGCGUCAUGUCUGUGACACUCAGCUGUGACCACCGUGUUGUGGAUGGAGCAGUUGGAGCCCAGUGGCUGGCAGAGUUCAAGAAGUUCCUGGAAAAGCCGGCCAUGAUGCUGCUAUAAUUUCUCAAGGCAACUAGGACUUUGGCGACCUAAUCACUUCAUUCUAAAGAAGCUAUUUAUAUAUCUAAGGGUUAGACUUUUAAAGAAAUGUUUCCUUCUUUAUUUUUGGAAAAAAGUCUCUUAAGUCAAGCUACAAACAGUGGCUGGUAAUUUCUAUUGCCAGUUGUAGAGAUUUAAAUCUUCUGCAGGUGGCCUUCUGCAGCCAAGUACACCUAUGCUGUAUUGUACACAGUGGAUGUAUUUGCAGACUUUCCCCAGUUGUUGAAAAUCAUGCAGAUGUGCUUCUGAUCACGAUGUUGCUGGGUAUCACAGCCUCCCUCCACCUAGAUGGCUCAUUCUCCCUUUUCGGUAAACCAGGGAUUUGAGAUUGAGAGCAAAGAAAAGAAAACAUGAGCCAUAGAUAUGUGACCGUUUAAAAUUUCAGCAGAAAAAAAAUUGAUCCUGGGUGUGUUCGCUUAGCUACUGCAAAAAAAAAAAAGUAUCACCCAGAUGGAAUAGAGCAGCUGACCUUCCAGCAUUGCGAGAUUCAGCUGUUAAGACUUUCUAGCAACAGGACUCUGUAGCGUGCUGCAGUAGAAAAUAGACAUUUCAGUCAGACCACCUAAACCGAGCAGCAGUGUUUGAAAUCCUUCUGAUGAUUUGCCUUGUGUGAGUUUCCAUAAUUGUGUUGUUUUGCUUCCUUUCUAGGUCAGUAAAUGCUGUUUUACUCCAAGCAGAAGUCAUUUGUUAAGGGAACUGGUGAAACUGGGUUCAAUUAAAGAUAGGCAACAUACGGACUCGUUACAGACCCUACCGUAGGUCCAUCCUUGCCCUUCUUAAUGGUCUGGCCUAGGCAGUCUGGGACUGUCCUCUCACUGAAAGGAUUGUGAGGGCACAUUUCCAUCAUUUACGCAAAGAUUGUGUGCAGGAAUGUGAAAAAUCUUUCUUUUCUAACAAGUUUGAGGGUGUGCUUUUGUGAAAUGUCUCAUCCCGUAUGUGAAACUGCUGUUUCGAGUGCAAAAUGGGCUGUCUUAAGCUUGAAACACUCCAGAAAUUCUGAAAAUUAGACCAUAUCGCAGCUGCACCCUGUCUUCAGCAGUCUUGCAUUUGAAAUGGGGCAUCUGGCUCAGAAUAGCUGAAAUGAAACAUUUUGCACACCUCUAAUCGUGUGAAAGAAGGAAAACCCUGAUGGCUUGUGACCACUGGCCCGACCAGAUGUGAAUUCAUUGUGUUGAGUUCCCCUGAAAUCAGUGGGACAGUUAGGCACAACUGUUUCAAAUUCAAAGGAAUUGCAAUUACCUUCUGCAGGAUCUGGCUGCUGUUCUGGAACAGCUUUGCUUUCUUGUCCAUCCCGGGCUCAAAAGAAACAGAAUUUCAUCAGUCGUGUAAAUAUGUAAAAACCUUUGCUGGAAAUAAGAUUUCUUUGAAACAGUGCCCAGCCAUGUUUAUAAUUGUGCCCAAGGUGCAGAGAGGCACUAAUGGGAGGCGCUUCUUUUGCUUUCCAGUUUUAGAUGGUGGAUCAUGUAACUGCUAAGUGGGGAGAUCUGAACGGCCAAGCAACCAAUACACCCCGUGUUACUCUGUACCGUCAGCACUUCAUUGUCUCUUGCCAACUUCCGCUACCAAAUCCACUACAAAUAUAUACGUACAAUUAAAUAUUUUUCUGAGAACGAA